AUGCCGAAGCUCUUCUACUUCCAAGCACCAAAUUUCUCCAUGAACCCCGAAAGUGAGACAGCGCCCAAAUUAGGCAGCAUCAUUCUCAGCCUCGAUCGACUCACAGAUCCACUCAACCAAUUUGAACAUGUCCACAUUCCUCCGAAUCUCAAGAAUCAGAGCGCAGCUGAGGGCUUCAACGAGAGCAUUAACGAAAAUUUCACGGCAUCUGUUGGCCUGAACACCAAUCUUGUACAAGGAACCGCAAGCACGAUCUACGCACUUGUACUCGACAAACAGAACAUAUAUCAUUGUGAUACUUUGGAAACAGUAGAAUUCGAGCCCAAUAAAGAAUUUGUCAGCGACAGUAUCAUUGCGUCCCAGCGUGUGCAGGCGUUUCUGGAUAACGCUUUGCCGGGGAGAAAGAUGGUUUAUAUGAUUACGGGCCUCAAGAUUGCGACUGGGUUCAGUAUGUCGACUUCCAAGAAGACUCAGCACGGUCCAAAGCUCAAGGUGGGAGUCAAAUCUGGGCCUGAAGUUGGUUUGGAGCUUGAGAAUGCUCGGAGAGUUUCUCAUGGGCGGACUACGAAUAAGAUUGUGUUUGCGUAUCGCGUUAUUAUAAUCAAGCGGAAGAGGGACGGUGAGGCGAAGUAUAAGUAUAAGAGUGGUGGGAAAUAUACGGUCGAUGAUGAGGAUAGCAAUGAGAAGGAAGAGCUUUGGGACAUCGAGCCGUUGGAUGAAGAGGACUUGUCAAAAGACUUUCAGGAGUCAGUGCCAGUGGAGAUGGAAACAUGAACAAG